UUUAAAAGGCGCUCAGUGGUGAGUGAACUGAAUAGGUACAGGAUGCUACGUCUGCGGUGCAAAGCCAAAAACGGGACCCAUCUGAUGCAGGGCCUUACACACCAAUCUUGCGUUCAGGAGCUUAAAGAUAAGAUUGAGGAGCUAACAGGGAUACCAUGUGAUGUACAGAAGAUCAUGGUAGGCUAUCCACCGUCCAGUCUGGAUCUACGCGAUGGGGAAGCCCACCUCAAAGACUACCCUAUCAAAUCAGGAGACACUUUGAUUGUAGAGGAGGAGAAGAACAAACCCAAACCCCAAGUGCAAGCCACUGUGACCAAAGGGCCCAGUUUUGACCUGGCUCCUGUUCUAGAGCGCCGCGUCGUCCCUGCCGACAACUCUUGUCUGUUUACCAGUGUGCACUUCGUUAUGGAAGGGGGUGUGUACGACCCAGCCUGUGCGCCUGAAAUGCGUGGGCUCAUCGCACAAAUAGUAGCCAGUGACCCCACUGCGUACUCGGAGGCUGUAUUGGGCAAGACUAACGACGACUAUUGUGCCUGGAUCCGUCGAGAUGACACGUGGGGAGGCGCCAUUGAGGUUUCAAUCCUCUCUAAGUUCUUCCAGUGUGAGAUUUGCGUCGUCGACACUCAGACUGUGCGCGUCGACCGCUUCGGCGAGGAUGUGGGUUACACCAAACGAGUGCUGCUUAUUUAUGAUGGUAUUCAUUAUGACCCGCUCCAAAAGGUGAUGCCCAGUUCAGAUGUUCCCGCACAGACUGUGUUCUCCACCACCGAUGACAUCAUUUUGGCCCAGGCGCUGGAGCUCGCGGACGAGGCGCGGAGGAAACGCCAGUUCACGGACGUCAACCGCUUCGCUCUGCGCUGCAUGGUGUGCCAGACUGGCCUGGUGGGGCAGAAAGAAGCAAGGGAGCAUGCGAAGGAGACCGGGCACACCAACUUUGGGGAGGUGUGACGCUCUCUUAGCUCCAUCCUUGAAAUCACCCCCACUUUUGCCGCGUCACUGCCACGCCACCUGACAUGGUACCCGCUCUUUCACUGCUGCCUGUUCCAGCUUGGUUCAGUCCUCUACCUCACAUUGUCUAGCGGCUUCAAGAGACUUUUAUGUGACGAGUUUUGAUCCUGAGAAUUCAGUGUUCUUUCAACUUUGGUUUACUCUCGAGGUUGAAGUAUUAAAUCGUGCUCGUGCUUUUGAGUCUGUUGCCUGAUAUGAUGACAAAGCCGUCUCUUCAAACCAAAUUUUACAGGGAUUCUCCACUGAUUUAAAACCUCCAGUUUGUUACAAUGAUUAUAACACUAGUAUUAGUGUGAAUCUCGUGAAACACAUCCAGGUCAUAUUUCUUUCUAAAAUCAAAGAAGAUUUUUUUUAUU